AUCCCGAUCGUUUCUAUUAACAGUAAUGUAGUAUGUAACAAUGGCUUUCCACUGUGGGUCUACCACUGUCACAUAUUAUGGACUAAUUCUUGAUUUUCCCAAGUUCACUGACAUGAUUAUUUAUUUUGUGCAGUGUUUUCUGUGUUUGGUUUUGGUCUGUAUUUCUGAGUACCCUUGCAGAGGCGGAGCGUGGCUGACGUGAUUGGCUGGAGCUCCUGCUGCUCACACACACCUGCAGCCCAUCUUCUCGUCAGUGCCGGCUCAAAAGCCCUGUUCUUCUCUGCGCUGGCUGCCUAGCCUCUGCUUCUCCUGAUUCCCAUGUUACUGUAACCAUAUCCCUGCCUUUGGUUUUGCUUUUGGCUCCUACUAUCAAACUUACAAACCAUAACAUUCACAACAGUGGCAAUCUUGUUUAUUUGUUUUGGCAGGUGGGGGGCAUCCAGGAUGAAUGUUGAUCGGCUACUACUCGACCACAGAGAGAUGAUGCUGCCUCAGAGCAAAAGUACCACAUUUCAAAAUGUCUUUAUUUUAUCAGACAUCAGAAACACUGAUACAGAUAAGCAGAAGAAUGCUGAAUGUCAGCCAUAAUAAUCAGCCUGACUGAUAAUCACUCUACCACUAUGUUUCUUUGUACUUUUAAAAAAUGGUUCCGUGGCUUUUGAAACAUGUUAGGACUUGAGUAGUCGUGCACGUCUGCCUCUUGAGGAGUAUUACAGGAACAAACCCUUUGAAAAGUGAGCCUUCACUUCCUCUUGAAAAUAUUCUCUGUUUUCCUUCGGUUCCACACACCAGGCAACCAAGAGAGACGGGGAAGGUCUCAUUUUUCACGUCACGUUACAAUCCGUUAACAUAUGGACAAAUCGGCAUAGUAAACUUCAGUAAUCAAAAUGCAGUGUGUACAGUAACAAAGGUUGCUGAAGUGAAACAACAAGUUAAGUUCGGUCUCCUUCAUUUUCAUGCUGACAAUAUCUGGGAGUGACAAUCAUCAGUGUGGAACCAUUGAAUUCUUUCCAACUUGCUUGUAGAGCCUGAAACAGAACUUCCUGGUAUGGUAGCUUACUCAAAUCAGUGCAGACAGUCGGGUCUAUGUAAGACAGUCAGGUGAACACUGAGGGACUACUCACCAAGGGCUCACAUCGAUCCACCAACAUGUUCAGGUAUUCAUUUUGUUAUGUGCAACAUGUUUCUAUGAGCUUCCUUCUUCAACAUACUUUAAUUUGAAAUCAAGCUGAGGUGUUACCUGAUGAUCUGGUUUGAGGGUCGGAUUCAAUUUUCAAUCUGAAAACUAAAAACUAAAUGUUUCAUUUAUUUUUUCAUUCCCUUUUCCUGUGUAGAGACUGUUCUAACUGUUCUUUUUAUCGUGCAUUCUUCCCAACUACUGUACCCCCUUUAUUUGGGAGUAAGUUGAUCGUCUCUUUCUUACCUGCAGCUGGUUUAAAAAAAGUGAUUGAAAUGAACAGGUAGAGGUCCAACAGAGGGAAAGGCAUACUCAAAACUCAGCUACUCCACCAAUCAUUGCAAUUUCCUUUUGACAUUAAAAUUUAAUGUUGUUAGAAGUUGAUUGUCUCAUUUUCGUAAAAUAUUUGUCUGAGAAUGUUACAAGUUACUUUUUUGUUAUGACUAACGUCAAGUUCGUCAUGACAAAAGAGUUUGCUGUGACGAAAAUGUCAAAUGUGACAUUUUUGUUUCCUUGUGUGCAACGAACAAGGAAACAAAAACCAUGAGGCAAACUCUGUUCCACUGGCAGUUGCCUACUUGUAUGCUUGUAUACCCAUGUUUAUAACACUCAUGGGCUGAUUGUGGUGUAGAAAUAGGUCAUACUCAUCAUCCUAAAUUGUGAAGCGCCUGAAUGACGGAAACUCAUUUCAUAGUUCACACACCUCAUCUCGUGUGUUGUGGUUGGCUGUGGCCAUGGAGCAAGUGCCAGUAAGUCAUCAAACAGGUUCCAUGAAUGUUUGAUUGUUGUCAACAGAUACCAUAUGAAUGUUAGUCUUGUUUUCAAUGUCACUUACUACAAGAAAUGAUGGCAUCCAUCUCACUGAUGACUGUGAUCAUGGAGGGGAUUCAACAUAAUAUGGCCAUAACUCUCUUUGUGAUAUUACACCAUGCUGAGCAUUGAGCAAAUUGAAAAAAUCCUUCUGAUACAAAUACAUUUCAUACAUCCAUCAAUCCAUCCAUUUUCUUCCUCUUGUUGGGGGUCAGCACCUCUCUUCCUCUGCAAUUCUGUAAAAGCAGAGAUUCCAGUCCCUCUCCAGUUAAAUUCCAGGACCAGUGCCAUGCGUGGGGUGAACCCAAUUUUAAUGUUGCUACUACUGCUUCACCUCCUGCCUUCCUUUCCCACCAGAGAGGUGUCACUCCACGUCCAUAAGACCAUGUCCAUACCUUUGCCUGCCACCAAACAUACAUUGUACCCAUCCCUAAUGCCAAUCCCUGCAGGUGGUGGGCCGAUAUUAACACGCACUUUUAACUACUUAACCGCAUGGUGUUCUCUCAUUUUCAAGGGCCUCCUUGAGGACACUUAAUCGCGCUUUCUCUGCUCACUUUUGCAUGGGUGCACCAGGAUGGGCUGCUCAUGGUGUGUGACUUUGUCACAGUUGGACAUGAUUUUCAAUAAUAAAGUUGAGAGAACUGAUUUUUCUUUUCACUGCAGAGAUUUGAUGCAGAGACAAGGAACAUUGUUGUUGCUGUUUGUAACUGGGGGACUAAUUGUAUUUUACCUACAUAAAGAGGUUGAAAACAUCUCCAGGGUCCAAUAUGUGAGAAAAGAUAAUGAUCACAAGAUGUCAUCCAUGAAAAACAGCUCCUAUGUGUACUCCUGGCCAAGAUGUCAACAAAACACGUCCGCUGCCAACGUCACAGGCUUCAGCUCUCUUCCUGGUAAUAUAAAAGACUUUCUGUACUAUCGACACUGUCGCCAUUUCCCCAUGCUUUUGGACGUUCCUGACAAAUGUGGAGGAGCUGAGAAAUCAGCAGAAGUCUUCCUUCUUCUGGUCAUUAAAAGCUCUCCUGUGAACAACGACCGCAGAGAGGUGCUGCGCAAAACCUGGGCUAAAGAGAGGUUACACAAUGGUGUGUGGAUCCGGAGGAUCUUCAUCUCAGGAACAAUGGAUUCUGGUAUUGAGAAAGAAAGACUGAACAAACUACUUGAGCUGGAGCAACGUGAGUACAAUGAUAUCCUCCAAUGGGACUUCAGUGACACAUUCUACAACCUCACCUUGAAGCAGAUACUCUUCCUGGAAUGGAUGGAGAGAAACUGUCCAAACGCUCGCUUCUUGUUCAAUGGGGAUGAUGACGUCUUUGCCAACACAGACAACAUGGUGAAGUAUCUCCAAAACCUCAAGGACAAUAAUGGAAGGAUGCAUCUCUUCACUGGCCGUCUGAGGCAAGAUACAGGGCCAAUUAGAUCACCAGGCAGCAAGUAUUUUAUCCCAGUUCAGGUAUAUGAGUCAGAAUCAUAUCCCCCCUACUGUGGUGGUGGGGGCUAUCUGUUAUCUGGUUACACAGCUUCGGUCAUAUACAAUAUGUCCCAGUCAAUCACCAUUAUACCCAUUGAUGAUGCUUACACAGCAAUGUGUCUGGCCAAAGCAGGACUUGGCCCUGUCUCCCACAAGGGUGUGAAGACAGCAGGACUGCACCUUCCCUCCACACUAGAUAGAUACGUAGAUAAAUAUGACCCUUGCUUUUAUAAAUACAUAUUGGUGGCACAUAGAUUCCUUCCCGCUCAAAUCGAUCUUAUGUGGCACAAAUUACAUGAUCCCAAUCUUAAAUGUGGCUUGAUGAAAUGGAUUAUUAGCUUACUUGUACUGUAUACCUAGUACCUUACCACAAGGGUAAAGCAUUCAGGCCACAUUUGACGAAUAAAAUCAAGCAUUUGUUAAUGACAGUAAGGUUGCUGGGUGGUUGUUAUUGGUUACAAUCAUCAGAACAAUGUACACAAGUGUUAUAAUGUGUGUCAUGGUCAGUGGAUUAUAAAUGCAUAUGGUAGAUGCAAAAACACAAACGUACACAACACACCAAAGAAGAGUCAAAACACAAUAACCCCUAAGUGAGUUUAAAUGAAAUGUUGUGUCUUCUGUAAUGUGUUCUGACCUUCAGGGCCAUUGUAGAUUUCACUUUUCUUUAGUGUGUUGUGUACGUUUUUGUGCAUGUACAACAUCUGAAUUCAGAACAUUUGCUUAUUUGGGGUCAAAAAUGAUGUCGACUUGUCUAUCAGCAAUGUUUUGCUUUGUUCACAGCUGUGAAAUAUACAUGUCUUUUAUCAGGCCUAGAUAUGUGCGCUGUCUGUAUUAUUUUAUGAAGGGGAAGAAACACUGAGUAAAGUGCACACCUCUGGCAAUGUCCAAUAGUCCCCUUCAAUUCAGUCAAGCCUAGUCCAAUAUCAAAUUCACUUGGAAGUUUUUCUGUAAUCCCUCUGACAAACAAACGAACAAACCAACACACACAGGAGAAGAGGAAGAGGUUUUUAGAUGUCAAACUAUGGCCUGGACUUCACAUUUUACCUGUUGUCUUGGUAAAGCUACCUGUUGAUCUGUUCUGUGUGAAAUACAUCAGUAUUUCAUUUUUUUGAAUGAAAAACGUAAAAUUCAGUAUGUCAUCAAACACAUCCUUUGCAUUGCGCAUUAUACUGCAUCUUAAUUUGUUAGAAUAAUGGCAUGAGAAAGGAGUUGCAGUUGAAUAUGUUUUAAUUCAUUUGACAAAAAUAACUUAAAUGAGGGCUUUUGCGCAUUUAAACAGUUUUUCUUCCUACACGUUAUGACUAUUCUAAUGUAUCUGACCACAAGUAAGCCACAAUGAAAUAAGCCACGCUAAGAUCUUACAUAGGACACAGUAGGACUAAAAGUGUGUUAAGGGAGAGAUUUUACACAUAUACUCAUAGAACUGAAGUUACAUCCAGGUAACUUUUAUUUUUCAUCUGCCUUUUGUUGGCCUCCGUCAUGGUGAGGCAGGAAUUUACACAAAAUCUGCUUGUUUUUAAAUGAUACUGGGAACAAAAACAGCUUUUGAUUAAAAACUACCCAACAACAUGCUCAUGCGUGAUCAAUAAAUCUUCUCUUAUGUGGAGGUUCAUGAUGAUCCUCCUCAGUCCUUGUUCAUGGGAAAAGGGCUUUUGGCGACCUUCAGUUUAACCAUGAGAUGCACCGAGACUCCUCGUUAGCCUUUCAGGCUCUCUCUCUCGUCCUGCAUGAUGGUUUCAAUUUGGUUUCCCAGGUUGGAGAAACAUGGCCGCUCCUCGAAGUCAUACCCCCAGCACUCCUUCAUCAUAACGUACACCUGGUGUUAAAACGACAAAAACAUUAAAAUCCACAGUGAGAGCAACAGAAUUUCACUGUGUACAAAUAACACAACUUUACACUUUUAAACUGUAUGCAGUGCUACUGCCUUAGUUACAUUUUGCAUGCAGGUAAUAAGCCUAUUAACCUCUGUGGAGAGCAGACACACUGCCAGGUGUCCUUCAGUCACGGUAACAGAAAUAAGCAUGUGAUGGUCGCAGUUUGGUUAGGUUUAGGAAAGAUAAUGUUACAGAUGGGAUGUAAGUUCUACACGUUAAAACAAGUUGAUGAAAUUUUUGUGAAAGUCCUGUGUUUGUUCUACCCACUCGUUAACCCCGACCUCCACCUCCAGCCUGCUUGGCUGUUCUCACCUUUUAUACCUGUCAUCACCAGAACGACAGCUGCCCCGAGUAGUUCGGUGUGUUGUGGACGAAAUAAGAUGUUUAUGUUUAAUAACCACGGUUGAGAGGGUUGUCAGCCUCCUCCGGAUUUAACAGCAGAUGGUGAAAUACAAAAACUGAGAUAAAUCCUAGACGGAUCCUAACAAAAGAAGGAUAGAAGAUAUUUGUGAAGCAACUUUUGUAGGUUUAAUCUUGAGGGCCUGAUUUUGAUCUGAUGUAUGACAGAGGCCACAGUCACCUUGCCAACAGGACUCGCUGCCACUCACUUACAAAAGGCAGUGACGAAGGUUAUAGACACAAACCAGCAGUUUAUUUGUAGCAAUGCCAUCAUGCAGAAAUCUACAUUACCUCAGGUGGGAAAAAAAAGUUUUGAGAUGGGCAUCGGAAUAUAGAAUUUUGACUCAAACAUUCAAACUUUGACCAAAAUUUUAAUUUCCGCACUCAAAUCAGAAAAAAGGAACACUACAAUAAAAUAAAUAAAUAAAU